UUUUUUAUUGUUUUUUGGCAAUGUCCAUCGGCCUCGCCGGGCACGUUCAGAUUGAUUGGCAGGUCGCUACUCCGGCAGUACCAACUGGGUACGUGCUAAGCUCCAUGUCCAAUCCCUCAGCCGUUUGCAGCUUCGCCAUGCUCCACCACCUCUCAGCUCUCACACUCUUCAUCUUCGUCGUCACAGCCGGAGAACCAUCAACAUCUGCGGCGGGCCAGGAUCACCAGCAGCUGCUGGACUACUCACCGGUGACCCACUUCCAGCAGUACCUUCGAAUCAACACCGCCCACCCCAACCCUGACUACCCCUCCGCCGUCAAUUUCCUCACCGCCUUGGCCAGCUCCAUCCCCGGCCUCCGAUCCCAGCUUCUGUAUUUCACUUCUCCGCCGCCAAACAAACCCCUACUUCUACUCACCUGGCCCGGCUCCGACCCUUCGCUUCCCUCCAUCCUCUUCAAUUCGCAUCUCGACUCCGUCCCCGCCGAGCCCGCCAAGUGGUCCCACCCGCCCUUCUCCGCCCACCGCUCCUCCGACGGGAAAAUCUUCGCUCGCGGAGCCCAGGACGACAAGUGCAUCGGCAUCCAGUACUUGGAAGCUAUCAGGGCCAUCCAAAUCAGAUCCCCCGACUUCACUCCACUCCGGAAUGUCCACAUCUCUUUCGUUCCCGAAGAGGAAAUCGGGGGCUUCGAUGGCAUGGCCAAGUUCGCAGCCUCCCAAGAGUUCAGAGACUUGAAUGUGGGGUUCGUUUUGGAUGAAGGCCAGGCCUCACCCACUGAUGAGUUCAGGGUGUUUUACGCCGAUAGAAUCCCCUGGCACAUGGUGAUUAAGGCGGCCGGGAUGCCUGGACACGGAUCUCGGUUGUAUGAUAAUACUGCCAUGGAGAACUUGAUGAAGUCUGUGGAGGUUAUCACAAAAUUCCGGGAUGCACAGUUCGACAAAGUCAAGGCAGGGUUGGCAGCCAAUUCAGAGGUCAUUUCGGUCAACCCCGUUUACCUAAAGGCUGGGACUCCAUCACCAACUGGGUUUGUGAUGAAUAUGCAACCUUCAGAGGCAGAAGCUGGAUUUGAUAUCAGAAUGCCACCAACAGCUGAUCCGGAGCUAAUGAGGAAAACCAUUGCCGAGGAAUGGGCACCUUCUUGGAGAAACAUGACAUUUGAGAUUGUAGAGAAAGGGACGCUAAGAGACUUCAUGGGUCGCCCUCUGCUAACUCCAACUUCAGAUUCCAACCCCUGGUGGUCUGUUUUAAAGGAAGCCAUUUCGAAAGCAGGUGGCAAACUUGCGAAGCCUGAAAUUUUGUCUUCAACUACUGAUGCUCGUUUCAUGAGGGAAAAGGGGAUUCCCACUUUUGGCUUCUCCCCUAUGAAGAAUACACCUAUUUUACUUCACGACCAUAAUGAGUUUCUGAAGGACACUGUUUUCUUGGAGGGGAUCAAGAUCUAUGAAUCUAUUAUCAAAGAAUUGAGCUCUUUUGAGGAAUAAUCUUUAUGGAAUCGACUAACAAAGUAACAAUAACCAACCCUUGAGAAUCGAAUACUAUCGUAUAUUACACCGCAUAGGUUGUUUGUUUUGCAUAGGAAGUUUAUGCAUGUGAAAUUCUUAUCUUCGCCAAACAGAUAUCAAGGUUCACUGCGUAGAGCUUAUGAGGAAACGCCUACUGCAGUUGAUGUCCUCUAUAGUUCAUAGGGCGAACCGCAAGUGUCACUUAUUUCCUACCAACAGUGCCAUUUACCAUCAGAUUGGUAUAAAUGAAGUAUUAAAAAACUUAUUUACUUGUUUU